UUCUUCUUCUUCCCUCCCGAGUCCCGACCUGCUGGUGCUGGCCACUGCCAGGGAAUUGCCAGGCUGGUCGCCCCCGAGGGCGACGAAUGCCGACGACGCCCACCCCCAGCAAGAGCAAGCACCCACACAGCCCACAGGCAGGAGUAUUCUCAGGACAGGAGGAGGAGGAGGUGGAGGGCGACGACGAGACCUAGCUAGCUAGACACCUGACCUGACCUAGGGUUUCCCUUCCUUAGUCUCCGAGAGCCGAGAUCGCUCCAUCUCCCCCACAUGCCGCUCCGGGAGGGAGCCAAGCGUGUCGCCAGUGCGCGCCACUAUGCCCCCGCCGCGCCCGCGCCCGCGCCCGCGCCCGGGCCCGGGCCCGCGGGGGCACCCGUCCCGCCCCACCGCCCGCCGCGAUCCGUCUCCGCCGCCGGCUCCAUAUCCACCGCCUCCGCCCGCAAGCCGCCAGAGCCCCUUCGGAGGGCCGUCGCCGACUGCCUCUCGCCGCCCGCCCCGCACACCCAUGGCCCAGCUGCCGCCGCUGCUUCUGCCGCUGCCGAGGCUUCACGGACGCUCCGGGAUUAUAUAGCCAACCCUUCAACCAUGGAUAUGGCCUAUAAUGUCCUCAUUGACCAUGCGCUUGCAGAAAGUGAUCGUAGCCCAGCAGUUGUCCCGAGAUGCGUGUCAUUGUUAAAGAGAUAUCUUAUCCGGUAUAUUCCAAGGGUGCAAACUCUGCGACAAAUCGAUCUGUUUUGUGCAAAUACGAUUGCAAAAUGUGAACCGAUGACAAAUAACAGAGCAGCAUCUUUUGCCCAGAAUUAUGUAUCAGCAGCAGCUGCAACAAAUUCCUCAACCCUUGCCCCACCAAUAUCCAACUUUGCUUCAGCAUCUCUUGUGAAGUCUUUAAACUAUGUUCGCUCAUUGGUUGCAAGGCAUACUCCAAAGUUGUCAUUCCAAUCAAUAGUUGCGUCAAAGCAAUCACUUCCUUCACUUUCAUCAUUUUUGAAUAAGUCCUUAGUUUCUCAACUAACUCCAGAAGUUAUUAGCAACAGAGAACAUCUUGAAUCGAAGGAAUGCCAUAGUUCACCUGAUUUUAUAUCAUCAGCAAGUGAAAAAGUUGAUGUGGGUGAACCUGUAGAUGAUAGCAAAUAUAUAUCCUUUGACAUUUUAAGCUGGCGAUGGCAUGUGCAUGGUGAACGGCAGUCAUCCUUAUCUGCCAAAGAAAGCAGCAGUGAUUUUGUGGGUCUUCAAGAUUUUCAUAUACAUGGUUUCCUUGAAGUUGGUGCUGCCGCUCUUCUAGUUGGAGAUAUGGAUGCGAAAAUUAACGAUCAACAGUGGAAAUAUUCUGUCACCCAGGAAUUUCCAGAUAUUGAUUUGCUGCAACCUUCAUCUUCUGCCCCAAGUACUUUUGCGUCAUCACAAAGUCAUUUAAAAGCAAUAACUGCUUCAAAACGCAUGAGAUCAGCCCCAAAUCAAGUCUGGAUGAACAUACCAAUAAACACAUUCCAGCCUCGAGCACGCCCUCUUUUUCAGUAUAGAUACUACAGUGAGCAGCAACCCUUAAGAUUGAAUCCUGCUGAAAUUUCUGAAGUCAUAGCUGAAGUUUGUUCAGAAGCAACUUCAAAUGCAAAUCAGUCGAAUGCUCCUUCAAGAUUGAGCUCCCAGAGUCGGUAUAUGAUGGACUCUGAGACUGCUGCUCCUCUGACACUUUAUAUGCUUGAGGGUAUGCUGAGCUCUCAAAAGUCAUCUGCCAGAACGAAGGCUCUUGAUUUGAUCCUAAAUCUCGGGGUACAUGCACACCUGCUGGAACCUAUGGUCGUUGGAGAUGCACCACUUAUAGAUAAAAGUGAAUCUGUGAAGCAUUCUUAUCUAAGUAAUGAAUACGGAUCAAGUAUAGAUGAACCAAGGGAAGAAGAACCUGAAGAAGAGCAGAAAAUCAGUCCUGCUAUUGAUCAAUUUGAGUCAUGGCUUCUUAAAAUACUUUUUGAGGUUCUCCUUCUCCUAGUACAGAUGGAGGAACGACAAGAGAUCGUGUGGGCCUCAGCUUUGAGUUGUCUAUUUUACUUUGUAUGUGAUGGAGGAAAAAUUAUUAGGUGUAGACUGGGAGGUCUGGACAUAAGGGUAAAUGCAAUCUUCAAAUUUACUUUUGCUAGUAAUUACUCCCAUCUUCAAUUUUUCUGGCCAUUGAUACAGCUUGAAGGGGCAGCCAGUGAUGACAUUGCAUUGGGUAUUGCUGUUGGUAGCACAGGAAGAGGCAACCUUCCUGGUGCUACAUCAGAUAUCCGAGCAGCACUUCUUUUACUUUUGAUUGGUAAAUGCACAGCUGAUCAGGAGGCACUGAAGGAGGUAGAAGGCAAUGAGUUCUUCAGGGGUCUUCUGGAUGACACAGAUUCAAGGGUAGCAUAUUAUUCUGCUGCUUUUCUUUUGAAGAGAAUGAUGACAGAGGAACCAGAGAUAUACCAACGAAUGCUUCAAAGCCUCAUCUCAAAAGCUCAACAGUGUAACAAUGAGAAACUUCUGGAGAACCCAUACCUUCAAAUGCGUGGGAUAUUGCAGUUAUCAAAUGACCUAGGAGUCCAAUGAUAAGAUCAUGAUGACAUUUCAAUGGAUAAAGCUCUAGUUAGAAUCACUACUUCAGCUGUGUUUAUUGCACACCUGAAGAUGUUCCUCUGCUCCGAACUAAGAAAAGAUGCUAUGUGAAUCAUGUAAAUUAUUGCUUUAGCCAUAUGCAUGUACAGGCUUCUGAAUUUCUUUAUUCUUUGUUAGACUAGUCACUGUCCAGGGGAGUCACUGUGAUUAACAGGAUAAUCUGGUGAUCAUCCUGUGUUAUGGACAAAGUGCGCUGUGGUUUACCAACCUGGAUGAAUUGACAAAGGCUUAAGACAAGAUGGCGUAGAUGUGACUCCCUACAAUUUUGUAUUGCUGAACCAUUGGGAUCUGAGGCAUCCACCUUUUUCUCUUUUUUUUUCUUUUUUUUUUCUUUUUGGUGAGGCAUGCUCGGUUCAAUAAAUUGAUAGUCCCUUGUAUGUUUGCUCUCCUUUCCCUUUGCAUAUAUGGUAACUGACCUGAUGCGUGUAGAUUUGUAUUGCGGAGUAACAAUGUAAAUGUGUAGGUUUGAAUAUAUUGAUUUGGAGAUGAUGUAAUCCUUCUGUACUGCUUAGCUUCCAUGUUGGCAGUUUACUUGGUUUUCCUUUCGGUAAAAGGUUGUUUACUUGGUUAA